ACCGUACCGCGUGUCGCGUGUGGUGAAAGUACUUUUGUUUAGCAAGCGGCAUUUUUCAUUUCUUUUUUUAAUUAUGGAUUCGCCAUCAGACGUCCCUUCCGCUGCCGAAAGAUUUCCGAGUCGACAAAUCAACGGUUGCCGAUUGUACGGGCCAAAUGAAGCGUUCAAAGCUUUCUCCCCUCGUCACGGGUCCGAAUUAUUCCUAGCAAGAAUACCAACUGAAUUUUCACACCGGGAACUCUUGAGAAUCUGUGAAGAAGCGGGUGUAGUUUUUGAGUUACGGGUAAUGGUGGACUUUUUGAACGUCAAUAAGGGUUACGGCUUUGUAAAAUACCUAACCCCGGAUAGUGCGGUUAGAGCCAUCAAAGCCCUCAACGGCUACAGACUCAUCCAAGAUGGGAAGUACCUUGGGCAUCUCGUGGCCACUAGCUCUUCAGAUCACAGGACCCUGAUGUUGACAGGAUGUUCUGCCACCGUCACAACAGAGGAUGUGGAACUGGUUUUCCGGAAGCUUGACAAUGAGCUGGUGUCAGUCACUAAAGAUUUUGAGAGAGGGAUGACAUCGCCAGUGUUUUACUUGACCUUUUCUUCUCAUCGAAGUGCCGCUAUAGCCAAGAAAUGUACCAUUGAACAACUUGCCCCUUCUUGUUGGGGCCACUGGGUCCGGUUGAACUGGCAGCCUAACGAGGAAGUCGCAAAGCGCGUCCAGUACAAGCUUUUGAGGAAAGAGUUACGAGGAAUGAACUUUCGCCAAUCGCAGGGGGUAUUGCAACAAGUUCCAACCAACGCGAUUGCCUACGGAGUGGGUAACAUGCAACUGCAAGCAGGUUUUUCACCUCUUGGUGCCACAAACUUUUCUACCCCAAGCCAACUCGUCGGAAACAUCCAGAACAUUUGGUGUGAAGGUGCUGCAGGGCCAUCACACCAGCAAGACUUGGCGGCAGCGGCAGGGCCAUCUUCCUGCCAUUCAAACGUACUUCUGCAAGUACCAGGAGUUCCAGAUGAAAAUUCACUGCCUGCACAAUCUACCCCUUCACCUUCUGGGUACGGAAGACCAAUCCGUGGUAGGAUGGACGACCCCACACCAAACAAAUGCAACUCAUUGAGAUUUUGAAAGUUCCUGCUUCUUCUAUUGAACUACGUUUUUAUACAUAUAUUUUUAUUCAAUAUAUUUUAUUUUGAGUUUCC